AUGGUUUACUACGCCUACGCUAAGAACAGCAAUGACGAUUGGUCUUGGCGAUAUGUCAUUGUUGCACCAAAUUUCAAAGUCCUCGACGAAUGGUACCACGAAGUCAAGAACAAGGUCUCAGACAAUGUCAUUUCGCGGGUUUCUCACGAAUUCUACAUCUUCGACAGAAACAAGCUCAACCUUGGGAGAAGCACGGCCCAGGGGCAUGAGGCCCCCCAGUUCAUGAACAAGUUGAUUUUCCAGCUGCUCCAGGAUAAUGAGGGCAGGAACAUCAGUACUUUUAUUAAUGGACACCUGUCUGGUGGGACUGCUGAGUAA